GUGUUUGUGGAAACUGAGAAAUGAUCUUCUCGACCACCUGAACUAAGAAGAAACAUUGACUGCAGAUGGAGAAUGGAGACCUGGGUCACAUGCUACAUCCUCAACUUCCUGCGGACGUCAGAGCUCACAUUGCCAUGUGACUUCAAGGAGACGGAGCUGCUAAGAAAGGAGGCUGACUUCUAUCAGAUUGAGCCCCUUAUCCAGUGCCUGGGAGACCCCAAGCCGCAUCUGCCCUACCCCACAGACAGCUACGAAGAGGUGGUUGAGUUGUCCAGCACCAGAAAGCUCUCCAAGUACUCCAAUCCUGUUGCAGUCAUCAUCACCCAGCUCACCAUCACCACCAAGAUCCAUGCAAUGCUGGAGUCAAUCUCCUGCAGUUUCACAAAAUGGAACAAACACAUGAUGGACACCAGAGAUUACCAGGUGUCCUUCACCUUCGGGCCAUGUGACCACCAACAGGAGGUCAGCCUGCGUGUCCACCUCCUCGACUUCAUCUCCAAAUCUGGGUUUACGAUACGCAACACACGUGUUCAUCACAUGAGCGAACGGGCUAAUGAGAACACAGUGGAACAUCACUGGACAUUCUGCCGCCGAGCUCGAAAAGUCGAUGAGUGAUGGAUGAAACAAAGGAUUGAUUUACAUUACAGAUAUUUAAUGUGCCAUCAGGCACCGACAGAAACUUCUUUGUUUGUUGUUUUGUGAAAACAUUGUAUGUUUUGUGUUUUUGAGUUAAUCCACUCAAAGUUAAAGUACAAAGUGAGGCCACUGACAUCAUGAGAACUUCAACAAAUACUACUACUGCUUUAAAACAAACACCCAAUGGACAAACGUUUACAGACAGACUUCAAGCAUGUGGAAUCUGUCUGUGUUUGACCCUCAAGCACCUUUUGAGAUGAGCUGGAUCUAUGAAUGUCUGCUUAUCACGUCACUUCCUCAGUGUUGGACUUCGCUAAUCUGGAGUAAACCAACAGAUUGAAAAUGAUUAUAGUUGAUUGAUUAUAAUAUUCAUGGUUUUAAAUGCAGGUGUUCAGUUAUCAAAUACCUUGAAUGCUUCAUCAUACCUUUCAGUACAUUGUGAGUGUUGGAUACAGUUUUGGCACGUCAGUGGGGUCGAAAAUUGGUUGUCUGCCAGUCAUUGUUCACUACAAAUAAAAAAAUUUUUUUUAAAAAA